AUAGAUUGAGCUGCGAGAGCUAAAGCAUUUCGCUGGGCUCAUUCUGAGUACGCUCUAUCCACCGUGCAUGUCUCGCACACGGCCUCAUCAGUGCACUGUACUGUAUACAACAGCGCAGUGCCAGUGGUAUGGUAUGCUGUAUUUUUGUUGGAUCAGCGAACUGCACAACAGUGACAUGAAAAAGGCGUAGGGCUUCACACAAAAACCUGCAUGAAAUUUCACUUUAUCAACCAUGGAGACCAGUACUAUCAACGAAGAUAAGAUACCAGAAGGAAUGACAAUAAAACUGCGUUCUGUAUCCAAAGUAAAGGAACCGUCACCGAACUAUCAAGAAGAAAAGGACCGGUGCCUAGAAUAUUUUGACAAAUGGAUUGAAAAUGAACAACUUGAAUUCGUGCAGGCUCUGAUCCUGCGUAUGUGUCAUUAUCAACAUGGUCAAAUCAACGCUUUUCUCAAACCUAUGUUACAGAGAGACUUCAUCACAGCACUGCCAAAGAAAGGCCUAGAUCAUGUUGGGGAGAAGAUCUUAUCGUAUCUGGACUCAAAGUCAUUGUGUGCUGCCGAGGGAGUGUGUAAAGAAUGGAAACGUGUAAUAUCGGACGGUAUGCUAUGGAAGAAACUCAUCGAACACAAAGUUAGAACGGAUAACCUAUGGAGGGGCUUGGCAGAGAGGAGAGGAUGGGUUCAAUAUUUAUUCAAACCGAAGCCAGGAGACCAACAACAAGGGGAUUCAUUCUUCAGGAAACUAUAUCCAAGAAUCAUUCAAAAUAUAGAGAAUAUUGAGCAUAACUGGAGGUGUGGGCACCAUGAACUCUAUCGAAUCCAAUGCCAUAGUGAAACGUCAAAAGGCGUCUACUGCCUUCAGUACGACGACACAAAAAUCGUUAGUGGUCUUAGGGAUAACACAAUCAAGAUCUGGGACCGGCAAUCUCUGCAAUGUAGAACAGUAUUAAUGGGUCACACAGGCUCUGUGCUGUGUCUACAGUAUGACGACAAAGUCAUUAUCACAGGUUCUAGCGAUUCCACUGUCAGAGUAUGGGAUGUGAAUACAAGCGACAUGCUGAAUACCUUAGUCCAUCACAGUGAAGCUGUUCUUCAUCUACGAUUCAACAAUGGCCUCAUGGUUACAUGCUCAAAGGACCGGUCCAUAGCAGUGUGGGACAUGCAAUCGGCAGGUGAUAUCAGCCUAAGAAGAGUUCUUGUUGGGCAUCGUGCUGCUGUCAAUGUAGUAGACUUUGAUGAUAAGUACAUUGUAUCUGCUUCUGGAGAUAGGACAAUCAAGGUUUGGAACACGUCAACGUGUGAGUUUGUGCGGACUCUGAAUGGGCAUCGGAGAGGCAUCGCGUGUUUGCAGUACAGAGAUAGAUUAGUUGUUAGUGGUUCAUCAGACAAUACAAUCAGAUUAUGGGACAUAGAAUGUGGUGCAUGUUUGAGAGUUCUUGAAGGCCAUGAGGAGCUGGUACGCUGCAUCAGGUUUGAUAACAAGAGGAUUGUCAGUGGAGCUUAUGAUGGCAAAAUCAAAGUAUGGGACUUACAAGCCGCAUUGGAUCCACGUUCACCAGCAGGCACUCUCUGCCUUAGGACACUAGUUGAGCAUACAGGAAGGGUGUUCAGACUUCAAUUUGAUGAAUUCCAAAUCGUCAGCAGUUCGCAUGACGACACCAUCCUCAUAUGGGACUUUCUUAACGUGACUCCCCCCGAACAACCCUCCAAGUCACCCACACGCACCUACACCUAUGUCUCCAACAGCUGCCGAUAAGGCAGUCGGGAUCGUUUCGUGGACAGAGAGCAGUUUGAAAGGGAUUGAAACUUUAUGGGGUGACUUUGUGGAACGGGAGUCUAUGCUACAGAGCGGGAGUGUUCACUUUACUGUCGAGUGGGAGGUUUUGCUGUAGACGGAGAGUCUCCGCUGUCGACCGAGAAUCUACACUCUCCAGCGGGAGUCUACACUCUAGAUGGGAAGUUUUCACUCUUAGCGGGAGUCCACACUCUAGAGCGGGAGUCUAUACCCUUAGCUGGAGUCUACACUCUAGAGUGGGAGGGAGUCUACUCUCUUAAGAGCGUGAGUCUACACUCUAGUGCGGGAGUCUACUCUCUUGACUGGGAAUCUACACUCUUGAGCGGGAGUCUACAUUCUAGAACGGAAGUCUACACUCUAGAGUGGGAGUCUACUCUCUUGACCGGGAAUCUUCACUCUUAAGCGGGAGUCUACACUCUUAGCUGGAUUCUACACUCUAGAGCAGGAGUCUACACUCUUAGCUGGAAUCUACACUCUUGAUCUGGAGUCUACACUCUAGAGUGGGAGUCUACACUCUAUAGAGUGGUAGUCUACACUGGGGUCUACAUUGUUGACAAAGUAUUUUUGUGGAAUCACUGCAUCCUCAAUACCAAUCGAUGGAUAUUGGAUAUUUACAUUGUUUCCAUGGAUACAGCUACUCAGAGGAAGAAACUUUAUGCCCAGACAUAGAGAGAGAGAGAGUGUACACAUAGAUUUUUUUUUCCAGGAGAUUUAUAGAUAGAUAACCUAGUCUUGAGAUAAAUUGUUAUGUACAGUCUGAAGAUUCAUCUCAAAUUUGGACUUGUAUGUAAGUCAAUGAUGCAAGCAAUCCAUAACAAGUUGCUUGCUUCAGUUUUUUAUUGUGAUUCUGUAUGGGAAAUGUCUUUUGUAAGAAAUAUAGACCGUCAUCAUUGUAUAACCAGAUUUUAAAUUUUUAAGUGUGGUCAAAUAGAAGGUAUAGACUGGCAUUGAAAUAGAUAUCGAGUACUUUCAUACUUCUGUUUCAGAUAUAUAUUUUAUAUGAAUUUUGACAAUAUUUGGUGACAAAUCUCUUUCCGUGGAGACUUCUAGAUGAAUGGUUCUACAAAGGUUUCUACAAAGCUAUAAUGACACAAUAUACACACAUUGUCCACUCCCAGGGGAAUAUUCCAGCAAGGAGAGGUCAAGAGUCUCCAACUGCUACGAAAAGCCAACAUCGGCAUUCACAUCUUACCGGGAAUCCAUAUAAGACACAUGGGUGAAGAGAGGCAACUGUAGAUGGAGACACCAAAUGCCAUGGGGGACUUGAACUUGCGACCCUCCAAUCGAAAGGCAGGGGCCAGGACCGUGAUCCUUAAAUGCGGUGAUGUGGUGAAUUGAUUUAGAGCGUCGGUGAUCUGGCUGGCAGAAAGGCAUUAAGAUUUAUGCCUUCAUCAAUUCCUUUACCUGUCGGUCAGGCAGGGGAGCAUGAAUUCUUGUACGCACUUUACAUUUCAUGUAGCGUAUGCUUGAGCUAAAAGCCCUUAUGCCAGCCUCACAGAUAUCGAAAAUUGCCGCGCAUGUGCUGUCUUCCGCCUUUCUGCCAGCCAAGCGAUGAUUUAUAGAUGUGUUCGGAUGUUAUAGGAAGGGCCUCAACAGCACAAUCAAUGUUUCAGUAUCGACCACUCGUUCUGAUAUUCAAAUUAUUUUCUAUUCAAACAAACGUGAUUGAUAUUUAUUGAUAUUGAUUUUGUAGAAAAAUGUUGUGAUUGAGAUAAGAUAAGUAGAAUUUCCUUUAUUGUUCCCUAUCUUGCAGUUUAGACUAGAUCAUGUGAAGUGGUUCAUGAUGACGAUUGUAUCUUGCAAAAAAAGGGACCAGAAUUCGUAUUAUUUGAACAUGUCAUUAUGGUACGGAAUGAAGUUUGCCUUAUACACACACAUAUGUAUGUUUACAUUUAUAUUUGUCAAGUUUGUGUCAUAACGUGUUAUAUAUUCCUGUUGGUUGUAAUUGAAUCUUAAAGAUGAA